AUGAGGACGAAUCCUCGUUCCUUCCUGAUUUCCGCCUUGGCUUGCACAGCUGCAUAUUCGUUGGUUGUCCCGUCCACCAGCCACAGCCAGCAUCUCAGAGGAGACAAGGUGACUGAUGUAUCGGGAGGGCCACCGUCACGUUGGUGGUUUAACUACCUAAACAAGUAUUCGGGUCCGAUCCCAGACAUACUGUCUGGCAACAUGCUCAUUCGCGAUCAAUAUCAGCACUUUCGCCACCGCAUCAGAGCCUUGGAAGAAAUUCGUAUAGCGGUGUUGCAGCAUAAUCCGAUGCUCAAUAGUAACGAUAAGUUAGUGCUUUCUCGUCCAUUCUACAAUUGGAACAGCUUGGUCUUGUCAGUGGACGGGCAAAAUCUGCGCAUAGACAACCCGCACGCACUCAACCGUGCAGCGCUUGGGUUUCAAAUGGACAGCAAGACCAUUGGUGAAGCUGACAAGCUCAUCUUCGACCUCGUAACGAAAGGUCUUGUCCCGUAA